AUGGUAGCCCAACGCGAUGGUCUCCCACCUCACCUAAAUUAUCCUUUCCUUCUCUUCUUCCUGCAGUGCCCUGAGGACCUGAGACCCAUGAAAGAUGGAACCGGCUGCUACGACUACUCAAAGGGGAUUGAUUGCUCAGAUGGCUUCAAUGGUGGUUGCGAGCAGCUGUGCCUUCAGCAAACUCUCCCUCUCCUGUGGGACCCAACCUCCAGCACCAUCCACAUGUUCUGUGGUUGUGUCGAGGAGUAUAAGAUGGCUCCAGAUGGCAAGUCCUGCCUCCUGUUAUCAGACAUCUGUGAGGGUCCCAAGUGUCUGAAGCCAGAUGUGAACUUCAACGACACGCUCUUUGGAGAAAUGCUUCAUGGCUACAACAACAGGACCCAACACGUCAAUCAAGGGCAGGUCUUCCAGAUGACCUUCAGGAUGAAAAGGCCUUACCUUCUAGCUUUCCUGGUAGAUUACAAAAAAGAACCCAAUGGUCUAAGGGCGUUCAAGGGUGCCCUCAUGAGUUCUUAUUGGUGUUCGGGGAAAGGAGAUGUGGUUGAGGAUUGGUGCCGAUGUGACCUUAACGCCUUUGAUGAGAAUGGCCUCCCCAGCUGCAGCGCACUCCCCCAGCCUGUGUUGCGUCUUUCUCCCAACGUGGAGCCCUCGAGCACCGUGGUCUCCUUGGAGUGGUAUGAUGUCCAACCCGCCAUUGGAACCAAAGUCUCUGAUUACAUCCUGCAUCACAAAAAGGUGGAUGAAUACACAGACACCGACCUGUAUACAGGUGAAUCUUUGAGCUUCGCCGAUGAUUUACUGUCCGGACUUGGAACUGCUUGCGUUGCUGCCGGGAGGACUCACAGGGAUGGCCAAGAUGCCAGCCUUUAUUCUGUCAUUUUCAAAUGCUUGGAGCCGGAUGGAUUAUACAAAUUCACCCUCUAUGCUGUAGACACCCGUGGGAGGCACUCGGAACUGAGCACCAUCACGCUGAGAACGGCUUGUCCACUGGUGGACGACACCAAAGCAGAAGAGAUAGCAGAUAAGAUCUACAACUUGUACAAUGGCUACACCAGUGGGAAGGAGCAACAGACAGCCUACAACACCCUUAUGGAAGUCUCAGCUUCCAUGCUUUCCCGAGUCCAGCAUCACUACAACUCCCAUUAUGAGAAAUUUGGGGACUUUGUCUGGCGUAGCGAGGAUGAGCUCGGCCCCAGAAAAGCGCACCUCAUCUUACGGCGGCUGGAGAAAGUCAGUAAGCACUGUUCCAGUUUGCUACGCAGCGCCUACAUCCAGAGCCGGACUGACACCAUGCCCUACUUGUUCUGUCGCAGCGAGGAGGAGCGCUCCCAGGGCAUGGUUUGGUACAAUGUCCUGAAGGACACCAAAAUCACCUGCGAAGAGAAGAUGAUCUCUCUGCUGCGGAACAUGUACGGCGACUCCAAGGGACGAUGAAAAAAAAAACACGGGCCGGCCAACCGAGGCACGACGGGGCAAAGGCACUCCCCUUCUCCCCGGCUCAAGCAAGGACAUGUGGCAACCUACCAUUCGACGGAUGG